CCAACGUUCUGUUUUCGCCGCCCACCCUUAUUUAAAGGGGGUCGUCGUCCUGUUUUCGUUCUCUUCUCUACAUCUAUCUCCUACUCACUUUUCUGUCGGUCGUCAUUCUGCGAUUGGGUUUGAUCUUUUCUUAUUUUCUGUGUCGCGAUCUCUUCAAUUGUCUCGAGUUUCCUGCUGAUGGUGCGCUCUCUUACAUCGACUCUUUUCUCUUUCUCAACCACCCUCUGUUUCGGGGCUUCUCGGUAUACAACCACUGCUCGACCCUCCCUUCCUCCCUCCCCCCUCUGCUGGUUGCAAACUACACAGAAACUCGACAGUCUAACUAUCCUCCGAAUCCUCCGAAUCCCAGCUUCAAGGUCGUUUUCCAGCUUCAAUUCCUCGAACGUCUUCAAGGUCAGCACCAAUCUCCAUUGCUCGAAAAGAAUUCGUCUCCAACCUCCGAGUAACUCGUUUCCUCACGUAAGUUGUGCGUGUUCUUCUCCUGUUCCUUCCCCCGACUUUUUAGGAUGGUGAUACGCAUGUCCCUGUGGCGGAGUGUGGAUUUGGUAUCGGUGAGAGGAGGAAGUGAAGGAGGACUCCGGUCGGCAGGAGAAAAUGAAUGUGGUUAGUAGUGCGUAUCAACGUUGGCGGGCAUGGCGGGGUCGACCAACUGGGUCUCGCGCGGUUUCUUGUUCUGAUUCUUCGUUCUUGAUCAUCAUCUACCAAAUAGACGGCCAACCCCUCAUCUCCAAUCUCUCCUCUGUGUGCGCUCCCUUCCCCGUCCGAAG